AUGGACCUCCAACCUAGAUAUAAUGUGACAGCUGUGACCAAGUUCAUCUUACUGGGGCUGACAGAGAGGUGGGAACUGCAGCCAACUUUUGCCAUCUUUCUCUUGGCCUAUGUGGCCACAGUUGGUGGCAACCUGGGCAUCUUGGCUGCCAUCUCGGUGGAGCCUAAGCCGCAUACGCCAAUGUACUUCUUUCUGGGGAAUUUGUCACUGCUAGAUAUUGGGUGUGUCAGUGUCACAGUGCCCCCAAUGCUGGUGCAACUCCUAUCCCGAGAGCAAGCUGUCCCCUUUGUUGCCUGCCUCUCUCAGCUCUUCUUCUUCCACCUGCUCGUUAGGGUUGACUGCUUCCUGCUGACUGCCAUGGCCUAUGAUAGCUUCCUGGCCAUCUGCUGCCCUCUCACCUAUACAACUCACAUGGGCCAAGGAGUCCAGGGAGUGCUGGUGGGUGCAUCUUGGGCCUGCACACUUGGAAAUGCAUUGACCCAUAUGGUGGCACUAUCCACUCUUGAUUUCUGUGGCCCCAAUGUGGUAAACCACUUCUACUGUGACCUCCCCCUACUCUUUCACCUUGCCUGCUCCAGUACUCACCUCAAUUAGCUGCUGUUCUUUGCUCUGGGUGUCAUCAUGGCAGGAGACCCCAUGAUCCUCAUUGUCACCUCCUACUUGCAGGUAGCAGCUGCUGUGCUGCAGAUCCAAUCAGCAGCGGGUCGGAGAAAGGCCUUCUCCACCUGCAGCUCACACCUGGCUAUUGUGGGCAUCUUCUAUGAGGCUGGUAUCUUCAGCUACAUGUGCCUGGGUUCCAUUGAGGCCUUAGACCAGAGCAAAGGGGUUGGAAUCCUCAACACUGUCCUCAGCCCCAUGCUCAAUACACUCAUCUACAGCCUCUGGAACCCAGAAGUGCAAGGAACCCUGUGGUGGGUUUUUACAGGGCAGAAAGUCUCAGCCUGAGGUGACCUAGGCCCUUGCUCCCACUGGUUUUAAGGUCUUUACUAGGUUCCCAGCGGUCUCCCAGCUCUCUCCUUGGCCUAAUGACAACAGGUGGCAUCUACUACCCUUUAGCCUCCAGCAGCCUAGGCCCUCAUUCUUAGUGGCACUCCAUGCCUUUCAGAGGGCAUCAGGAGUCUCAUAAGUCUUAUCUUAGCCUGAAAAUUAUAGGAAUGAGUACUGUUCCUUGGCCUGAGGUAAUCCUGAGGCUAAGGCUCCCUUCCUCAGAGAUCUCUGCUUAUGGGGACCUUUGUAGUCAGUCCCCCAUUUUUCUUCUCUCUUUGGCUGAGAGCUGACAGGGAUGGAUCUCAACUGGAGGUGACUUUUUUCCUCAGUGCUUUUCCAGAUAUCUCACUGUUUCAGCAGGCUCCUCACUUUCCUUGGCUGGACUAUGACAAAAUGAAAAGCAUAGCUCAGCCUGAGGUAUCCAAGUGCUCAGGCUUUUAUCAUUGGUGAGCCCUUUCUUCUGAAAGGCCCCUGGUCUAAAGUGAUAGGUAUCUUGAGCUCUCUUCCUUCGGGAUUUCAAAACUCUCUCUCUUUCUCUUUCUCUCCCCCCCCCCCAUUUCUCUCCUCGAAUUAAUGCUGACAAGGACGGGUGACAGACAGAGCUUGACCUGAGGUGACCAUAUCUUCCCAGGGAAACAUCUAGGGAGCUGGGGGACUAAGAGAGAGAGAGAGAGAAAGGAAGGAGAGAAAGGCAGAGACAAGAGAAAGAGACAGAAACAAGCAAAGGGGGAGGGGAGGGGAAAGGGAAUGAUGGGAAGACAGUCUGUUUGCUCUAAGAUCCUUUCCUGGGACAGAUCACUCAAAAGCACUCAUCCAGCCACAUUCUUCAC